AUGUCAGAAAAAGCCCUCGCUCAGCCCGUCACCUACGUUGAAGCCGCCACGAUGCCCUCUUCGGAAAACAAUUCUUUGCACAACAAGGACCUGGAAAAUUCGGGGCCGAAGUCGCUUAUGUCUCUGAGGAAGUAUCUUUUUGCAGAUGUAGAUCCCAACUGGACGACUGCGCCAUUGGCGAUGUAUUGUUUUAUGACGGGUUAUUGCAAUGCUGUCUGUUUCUCAGCGAUCUUCGUAUGGUGCGGUUUCCAGACUGGUAAUUUUGCACAGCUCGCCCUUGCCGUCGGGCGCCUAUUCGAAGGUGCCCCCGGGGAUCUCACAUUCCAUAAAGCCGACCAACAAGCCCUCUGCUCCCUCCUCGGCUUCAACGCCGGCGCCUUCAUUGGGCGCUUAGGGGACCGGGUAGGCCCGCACAAGCGCGCGUGGCUCAUCUUUGGCACCUUCAUCCAGACGCUCUUCACCAUGGUCUGUGCCAUCACGUUAUGGAAGUCUGGACAAGGGAGUAUCGCGAAUGCGAGGGAUGACCCAGCGUGGACGAACGCGCUGACAUUCGUGGCCGUUGCGCUCAUGAGCGCUAGCUUGGGCCUGCAGGGUAUUUUGUCGAAGAGGCUUAAUAGGCAGUUUGGGACCACCAUCGUCCUUACCACCAUCUGGAUCGAACUCAUGUGCGACCCCAAACUCUUUCGCAUCCGCCAAUAUGUGGUGACGCGCGAUCACCGCCUCAUCGCCGCAUUCUCCCUCUUCCUUGGAGCCUUCAUCGGGCGCGCGAUCCUCUUCGAGCUCGGGAGCGCAGCGACAAUGGGCAUUGGCGUCGGGCUCCGCAUGAUCAUCACCUUUUCGUGGUUGUUCGUCCCGAACAAGUCAUGA